AUCAUAUUUUCUGCUGCAAAUACAAAGCGGAAUAUAGAAUUUCAAGAGGGGUUUCCCCAGAAGAUUUGCUGCACGCUUUCUCGUUCCCAAAGCUUCCAGCUUUUCCCAUUUCGCAGCUUCUCAUCUUCAGCCGUGUGUGUACACGCAGACGAGCCGUGAAUCAGUUGGUAUACGAUGAAACUUGACGACGGAGAAAAUGGCUACUCUGUUUCACACGAAGCUUCAACAUCGAAAAACACCAAAGAAGAGAAAGAAGAAAAAAAAGAGAUGAAGAAUGGGAAAGACGAGGAGAAGACAAAGGCUGUCGUCCCCUUCUACAAACUGUUUGCAUUUGCAGACUCCAUGGACGUGUUCUUGAUGAUCUUCGGCACGAUUGGAGCCAUUGGGAAUGGCGUCUGCAUGCCCUUAAUGACAGUAAUCUUCGGUGACCUGAUAGAUUCUUUUGGAGAAAACCAGAACAACAACAAGGACAUAGUCGACAUUGUCUCCAAGGUUUGUCUGAAAUUCGUGUACCUGGGUCUUGGGACGCUAGCAGCGGCUUUUCUUGAGGUGGCAUGUUGGAUGAUCACUGGAGAGAGACAGGCUGCAAGAAUAAGGAGUUUGUAUCUGAGGACGAUUCUGAGACAGGACAUUGCUUUCUUUGACGUUGAAACCAACACUGGUGAGGUUGUUGGCCGAAUGUCUGGAGAUACUGUUCUUAUACAAGAAGCCAUGGGCGAGAAGGUUGGGAAGUUUAUUCAGUUGAUUUCUACCUUCAUUGGAGGCUUCGCUGUAGCGUUUGUCAAAGGGUGGCUGCUCACUCUUGUGAUGUUAUCAUCUAUUCCUCUUCUGGCCAUGGCAGGUGCAGCCAUAGCUAUCAUAGUCUCUCGAACGUCUUCUCGGGGACAGGCCGCCUAUGCAAAAGCAGCAACUGUUGUUGAACAGACAAUUGGCUCUAUCCGAACUGUGGCUUCUUUCACGGGGGAGAGGCAAGCGAUAAGAAACUACAACGAGUUCAUUCUUUCUGCAUACAAAUCGAGCGUCCAACAAGGCUUCUCAACUGGGUUUGGUCUGGGAGUUCUUUUCCUGGUUUUCUUCGGAAGUUACGCCCUUGCUAUAUGGUUCGGUGGAAAGAUGAUUCUUGAAAAGGGGUAUACUGGCGGGGCAGUGAUUAACGUGAUCAUUGCUGUGGUGACUGGUUCAAUGUCGUUGGGACAGACGUCGCCUUGUCUGAGCGCAUUUGCCGCUGGUCAAGCAGCAUCAUAUAAGAUGUUCGAGACUAUCGAGCGAAAGCCUCUGAUUGAUUCCUACGACGUAAACGGGAAAGUUCUUGAGGAUGUAAGAGGGGACAUAGAGUUGAAGGAUGUGUACUUCAGUUACCCUGCGAGACCGGAUGAGCAAAUAUUCACCGGAUUCUCUCUGUUCAUAUCGAGCGGUACCACCGCAGCUCUGGUCGGGCAGAGCGGAAGCGGGAAAUCCACUGUGAUUAGCUUGAUCGAGAGAUUCUACGACCCACAAGCAGGGGAAGUGUUGGUGGACGGUGUUAACCUGAAGGAUUUUCAGCUGAAAUGGAUCAGAAGCAAAAUCGGGUUGGUCAGCCAAGAACCUGUUUUGUUCAGUUCAAGCAUUAAGGACAACAUCGGAUAUGGUAAGGAGAAGGCGACGAUGGAAGAGAUAAAAGCGGCGGCAGAACUAGCAAAUGCCGCAAAGUUCAUCGAUAAGUUGCCUCAGGGGUUUGAUACAAUGGUGGGAGAGCAUGGAACACAACUUUCGGGCGGACAGAAGCAGAGAAUUGCCAUUGCGAGGGCGAUCCUAAAAGAUCCGAGGAUUCUGCUCCUCGAUGAAGCGACGAGUGCUCUCGAUGCGGAAUCCGAAAGGGUGGUUCAAGAGGCGCUAGACAGGGUCAUGGUUAACCGGACCACUGUCGUCGUGGCUCAUCGUUUGAGCACGGUGAGGAACGCUGACAUGAUCGCCGUUAUCCAUCACGGGAAAAUGGUGGAAAAGGGUACUCAUUCGGAGUUACUCAAGGAUCCUGAGGGGGCUUACUCUCAGCUCAUACGCUUGCAGGAGAUAAACAAAGAUCAGAAUGAUUCCAACAAAUCGGAGAUUUCUUCUGGAUCUUUCCGGAAUUCAAGCCUGAGAAAGCCGUCUCUUGGCCGUUCCAUCAGCCGCGGAUCAUCGGUAGGAAACAGCAGCCGACACCAUUCUUUCUCCAUUCUGGGCGUACCGGCUGGGCUAGACGUCGGUGACGCCGACCAAGAGAAGGCUACAAUACCUCGAGAACAAGCCCCGAAUGUCUCGCUGAAGCGACUCGCCGCUCUAAACAAGCCAGAAAUACCCGUGCUUCUCCUCGGAACUGUAGCAGCCGCAGUACAAGGGAUGAUAUUCCCGAUCUUCGGGAUUCUGAUCUCGAGUGUGAUCGAGACGUUCUUCAAGCCGCCUCGAGAACUGAAGAAGGAUUCAAGAUUCUGGGCGAUGAUAUUCUUGGUUCUUGGAAUAGCGUCGGUGAUAGCGUCGCCAGCUCAGACGUACUUGUUCGCGGUGGCAGGGGGAAAGCUGAUAAGGAGGAUAAGGUCGAUGUGUUUCGAAAAGGUUGUUCACAUGGAGGUCGGGUGGUUCGACGAGCCGCAGAACUCGAGCGGUGCGAUUGGGGCGAGGCUGUCGGCCGAUGCAGCCAUGAUCAGGGCUCUGGUCGGAGAUGCGUUGUCUCUGGCGGUUCAGAACGCUACAUCUGCUGCGGCCGGUCUUAUCAUAGCUUUCACAGCCAGUUGGCAGUUGGCCCUUAUCAUCUUGGUCAUGCUCCCUCUUAUCGGCAUCAAUGGUUACGUUCAAGUCAAGUUCUUGAAAGGAUUCAGCGCUGACGCUAAGACAAAGUACGAGGAAGCGAGUCAAGUAGCUAACGAUGCAGUGGGGAGCAUAAGAACAGUGGCAUCAUUCUGUGCGGAGGAAAAAGUCAUGAGGAUGUACAAGAAGCAAUGCGAAGGUCCCAUCAAAGCCGGAAUAAAGCAAGGUGUCAUCAGUGGAUUAGGGUUUGGGGUUUCCUUCUUCAUUCUGUUUUCAGUCUACGCAACCAGUUUCUACGCCGGUGCAAGAUUUGUCGAGGAUGGCAAGACCACCAUGAACGAUGUCUUCCGGGUGUUCUUUGCGUUAACAAUGGCAGCAAUCGGGAUUUCUCAGUCGAGUUCUUUCGCUCCUGAUUCGAGCAAAGCCAAGGUUGCAGCCGCUUCGAUAUUCGGAAUCAUCGACAGGAAAUCGAAGAUAGAUCCGAGUCAUGAAUCUGGGACAGUUCUUGAGAACGUGAAGGGGGAUAUCGAGCUUCGUCAUAUAAGCUUUGUCUACCCAGCUAGACCAGAUAUUCACAUCUUUCGUGAUCUCUGCUUGAGUAUUCGUGCCGGAAAGACCGUGGCUCUGGUGGGGGAGAGCGGGUCGGGGAAAUCGACGGUGAUAUCACUGUUGCAGAGAUUCUAUGAUCCGGAUUCAGGUCAUAUAACUCUGGACGGUGUCGAACUCAAGAAGCUUCAACUGAGAUGGUUAAGGCAACAGAUGGGGCUUGUCGGGCAAGAGCCUGUCCUGUUCAACGACACCAUCCGAGCCAACAUUGCGUAUGGAAAAGGCGGCGCAAAUGCGACCGAGGCAGAGAUCGUGGCAGCAGCUGAGCUCGCCAAUGCCCACCGGUUCAUCUCUGCCCUGCAACAGGGUUACGAGACGGUGGUCGGGGAGAGAGGGAUUCAGCUGUCGGGAGGGCAGAAGCAGAGGGUGGCGAUAGCAAGAGCCAUCGUGAAGGAGCCGAAGAUAUUGCUUCUGGACGAAGCAACGAGCGCUCUGGACGCGGAGUCGGAGCGCGUGGUUCAGGACGCGCUCGACAGGGUGAUGGUGAACCGGACCACCGUCGUGGUGGCCCACCGCCUCUCCACCAUCAAGAACGCUAACGUCAUAGCCGUCGUCAAGAAUGGCGUCAUCGCCGAGAAGGGAACACACGACAGCUUGAUUCACAUCGAAGGAGGCGUUUACGCUUCCCUCGUUCAGCUUCACUUGACCGCUUCCCAUUGAUUUUGAACCUUUUUUUUUUGUUAGAGAAUACUUUUUUUUUUCUGUCGGGGCAUGUUUGUAAUGGUAUGAUUUGUAAACGUUGUAUCUGAUUAUGACCUACGAAUUUAAUACGAAAUUUGAAUUAGGCUCGGUAUUCGUUAAUUCAAUGUAUUUAUUUGUUUAUUCUA